GAAUUUCUCUCGACUACAUUAAACUGUGAAAAGAAAAGAAAUAUCAAGGAGAGCACAAGUGUUCUGUCACUUCUACUUUUGGUGAGUGCCUUCUGUGUUUUGGCCAGCUAACAUGGAUGCAGGUGAAGACCAAAACACAGGCACCACCAAUGGAAAUCCUCAGACAAGUGGGAACUCCCGCCCACCCCAGAUAGCCCACAUGUCUCUGUACGAGAGACAGGCUGUGCAGGCUCUCCAAGCUCUGCAAAGACAACCGAAUGCAGCUCAGUACUUCCAGCAACUCAUGCUGCAGCAGCAGAUCAAUAGUGCCCAACUCCACAACUUGGCUGCUGUGCAACAGGCUACACUUGCAGCUAGUCGCCAGUCCAAUACUCCAAAUAACAGCAUGACCCAAGCGCCAACCACUGUCAACCUAAGCACCACGUCUGCAGGGGGUACCAUGACUAAUCCUCGUCCCCACGGCCCUGCCACCUCUGCGACAACGACAGCGCUCAACCAGUCAGUGUUGCUGGGUGGAAACUCAGCAGGACAGGGGCAGAUGUAUCUUAGGGUCAACCGUUCUCUCAGGGCUCCCCUUGCCUCUCAGCUCAUCUUCAUGCCUGGUGGUACAGCAACAGCUACUGUAGCAACAGUCGCUCAGACACAGCCCCAGCAGCAACAACAGCAACAGCCACAGCAUGAAGUUGCUCCUACCACAGCCAGUGCCCAGUCUGACAAUGAUCAGGUUCAGAAUCUAGCCCUACACUGUGCUUCCACUCCCAGAGUAGUUGCUGUCAAGUCUGAGCUCCCUGACAGAAAAGAUGCUGCCAGCUUUCCACUUGGCCAACAGCAGCAGACUUUCCCCCAGCAGCAGCAAGUACAACCACAACAGCAACAACAAAUGGCCAAAUCCAACUUUACACAGCAGUCCACCACCAACACUAUGGCUGUAAAGGCUGGAAACCAGGCUACAAUGACUGUUACUCCUGCUGCUACUGUAGCUCCUUCCUCCUCCUCCUCCUCUGCACUCCCUCUCUCUCAACUCCUUUUGUCUUCCUCCGCUGCCCCUGUGAUCCUGGUUCCCACCUCCAGCGUUCCUACCUCCACCCAGGGUUACCCCAUCGGCUCAGUGGCUCCAAAAGCCAACGUUAACACACAGACUCUGGUGGUGCAGCCCUUACAACAGGCCAGCACAACAGCAGAUAAGGGCCCUGUGCCUAUCCAGCCCAAGACGGCUCAGGGACACCGUUUACCUGUGCAGAUGCCCCCUCGACACCCACUUCCCAUUCUCCCAGCACCACCUAGCAACAGCCACAAUCCUCCCCACAUUCCUGUCCAGCUUGUGGGAGCCAGGCAGUGCUUAGCAGGAAACGUGCAGGCUGUGGCCCUCGCUCAGACAAGAAGCAGUGCCACCCAGGACAGUACAGCUGGUGGGAAUGUGAACGCAGUCUCCCACAACAGUGCCACCACUAUGACAAAGCCUGCCAUUGGCUCACUGAAGAGAAAAUCUGACUGUGAUGCAUCAAAUGAGAUGGCAGCAGAAUCUUCAGACUGCACACCAAUGAAAGAUUCUGCUCCUCCAUUAUCCCCGGCCCCGACCAAGGACUCAGCUCCUCUUGUAGCUGCUGCCUUCUCUUCUCCUCCCACCCUGUCCUUGCCUCUGCCCUUGUCAAGAGUUGUGCACGGGGACAAAGACAGAGCACCUGUUCCUCAGGCAGUGGUCAAGCCUCAAGUUCUCACCCAUCUCAUAGAGGGUUUUGUCAUCCAGGAAGGAGCUGAACCUUUCCCUGUUGCUGGACUCCUCAAAGAUAGAGAUUUUGCCCUGGUUGGGCGCUCAGAGAAUGGAACUCCUUUGUUGAAGUGUGAGUACUGUGGAAGCCUUGCUCCAGCCAGCCAGUUCAGAGGAUCCAAGAGGUUCUGUUCGAAUACUUGUGCUAAGAGGUAUAAUGUAAGCUGCAGCCAACACUUCAAGACAAGCAGAGGGAGAGGUGGUGCAGGGCUAGCAUCACCUCCAGCACCCACCGAGAGCCCUGCUAGGCGCCGGGGUCCCUCUCGCAGGAGCAGUUCUGAUAUGAAUAAAAUAUCAAGCCGACAUCUCCCAGUCAAGUGUCACUCUGAGUCCAGUCGCUCAGAGGAUGUAUCCAGUGAUGGAGAGGAAGAAGAGGAGGACGAUUCUCCUUCACUUUCUCCAAGCUCUUCACACUCCUGCUCCAGAGCGGAGAACAGCGCUCCUCAGUCUGACAGCUCAGCACCUGGCAGCCUCCCAUUGGAUGGAGCAAACUUCCUCUCAGCAACGCCUGCUCAAUGGAGUGUGGAAGAAGUCUGCAGGUUUAUCUCUUCACUUCAAGGCUGCGAGGAGCUAGCUGCCCAGUUUCUGUCACAGGAAAUAGACGGGCAGGCUUUGAUGCUUCUGCGUGAGGACCAUCUCAUUUCCACCAUGAAUAUCAAGCUGGGUCCUGCUCUCAAGAUCUGUGCCUCCAUUAACAGCCUGCGUGAAUGAUGCAGCCAGCGCGUUAGAUUGGAGACCAGGGUUGUUUUGAGGAUUUCUCACUGGAAUUAACAGCUGACCUGACAAGUUAAAACAUAAGACUGACAUCUAUGAGGACAGUGAGGAUGGGGUUUUUUGGUUUUUUUUUUAAUACGAUACAAUGUUGCACCAUCAAACAUGUAGAGAGAUGGUGACAGUUUACUUUCUGGACUCUGAAUGUGCAAAAACAUGUUUUACUGUUACGUGUGAUUGGUGGUGAGCAUGGAUGAUCUGAAGUAUUUACGUCAGUAGUGAGAAAUAAUGUUUGUCCUUUUGUAUGUAUACUCUUGUGAAACUGCAAAUCUGCCAGCCUGCAGUAAUCGGUGCUAGGUCUCCCAGCUAGGACAGUUCACCCAAACGUUGCCUUCUUGCUGUAUUUCAUACGGUGCUUUAACUUUAGUGCUAUGAUUUGGAGCGAUGUCAAUAACAGUCCAUUUCGUUAAAAUAUAUCUUGUAGUAGUCAUUUAUUUUUAUUUUGUUUUUUUAACCAUAGAUGUUCAGUCCAGGCUGCAAUCACAUCUAGCAAAGGACACUCAAAAAGCCUGGAAUCCUAAUUAGUUAAUUUCACCAGUUAUUAAAGUUUAGUUUUGUAUCUUUUCCAUUUUAUAUACUACAAUCAAAAUUGUUUUUUCAUGUACAUAUUGUUUUUAGUAGCUUUAAUCAACCUAACUACCUGAAAAUAGGUAUUCCUCAUGGUUUGCUCUUUCAAGGGCUGAGUGGAGGUGCUCUGUGUACAUGUAUGCAGUACUACCAAUAAAUAAAUACCUGUUACUGGA